AACAAAUGGUCGAGUAACUUAAUAUCUAUAAUCAAUUAUAUUUUUAUUCUAAAGAACUAUAUAUAAUCAUCCUAUGAUCUCUUUGUUCCUUAGCCAUUCCUAAAAUAUCCAAGUGGCUAUAUAAAUAUAUCAUUAACAAAUUUUGCAUAGAUGCUUCUAAUGGUGGUAGUCAUGGAUCAAGAUUGCUCCCUCAAGUUCUUAUUGGUAAUGAUAAUACUCUUCCUAGGGUUUAUUGCUUGGCUAGAAAACAAAGUAGCAAACUCAAAUGAAGCCAAUAAACAAAGGGAUGAGGAGGUGGAAGUUAGUGAUGAAAUAUUAUUGUUUGAACAAGAGGAUGAAGAGAACAAACUAAAUGAAUAUUGUGUUUGCUCCUUUUGUGGCAAAUUCAGAAACAUAAUCAAAAGAUGCUCACGAUGCAAAAAUGCUAUAUAUUGCUCAAAAGCAUGCCAUAUCAUGCAUUGGAGAUUUUGGCACAAAGAUGAAUGUGUUGAGAUAGUGUCUGCAGAAGAACAUGAGGAAUCAUCUUUUCAUGGAACCCAGUGCUUUCUCUUGGAGCAUGGAAACGAAAACUCUAAAUACUCAUUCAAUGAUGAUGAUGAUGAGCAUAAACCAUAUGAGGGGGAUGUUUACUAUAUUGAGUCAAUUAAAGAAACAGCAAUAGGGCUUCAACAUGGUGGCUGUGCAGUUUGUGGCAAUCCAUGUUCCCAAAAAUGCUCAAGAUGCAAAGCUAUAAAAUAUUGCUCACAAGCAUGCCAACAUUUUGAUUGGAAAUUAGGGCAUAAAUUACAAUGCUGUGUUAAGAAGACAAGUUCAACUCAAGUAACAACAAGCAAUCAAGAAUGGCCUACAGAUGAAAAUGUUAUAAUGCCUCCAAAUCCAGAUGAGGUGGUAGAUAAUGAUCAUUCAUAUGACCCUCUUUGCUUGGAAUUUUAUUCAGAAGAAAACACCAACAACAAGGCUCUGAUUUUAAUUUCUCAGGAAGCUAACAACAAAGUCCAAGAGGUUGAGGAAAAAAUGAGAAACCUAAAAGAUGAAUUGGAAAUGAUCAGAAGUGAAAAUAUGACACUGCAAUCAAAGCUUAACUAUUGGGAAAUUAGGGCAAAGUAUUCUUCUGAUAGACUUUACAGCUUCAAGAAAGAAAAUGAACACCAGUUGAUUAUUUUGAAGCAUGAAAAUGAAUUGAUAUCGAAUGCUGAGAAACAAGCUCGUCAAAUGGUUACGAAUUUAUCUCAAAGGCUUCAUUGUUUGCAGAUUGCAAUGGAAACUGGAGUAGCAGAGAGGAAAAAACAAGAAGAGUUUAUACAUAUGCUGCAGAAUGAAUGUGCCAAGACUAAGAGAGAGUUUCACGAACAAAACAAGUAUGUUGAAAGGCUUAGACAGAAGCUUGAUAAUGUACCUCAAUUUCCUAUAAGAAUGGCCGAAGAGACGAAACAAAAAUUAACCAUUCCUUCUAAGGCAAUUUUGGCUGAUGAAUCCAAGGCUGCUGUUGUUGAGGUGUACAAGACAAUCAGUUUAAGCAGAAAUCCAACCUUGACUAGUCAGUCUUGUACAAUUUGCUUAAGCAAUGAGAAGGACUUGGCAUUUGGUUGUGGACACAUGACUUGCAGAGAGUGUGGAUCGAAAAUUCGCAAGUGUCAUAUAUGUCGAAAGAAGAUCACUGAUCGAAUUAGGUUGUUCCCAGGCUGAUUGACAAUGGAGUUGAUAGAAACAUUCUAAGAUAGACAUGAUCUACAUGCAAUUCUGGUGAUGAGCAAUAAUUUAUGAUCAAUGCUGCAUAUGAUUAGUAAUAUGAUCAAAUCUUGACAAUUAGAUAUUAAAAUAGUUAGUCAAGAUAAAAAUCAUGUAUACCUCUGUAGAUAUGUAUGUUUGUAUGUACAUAUGAAUGUAUAUUAUGCUUGGUACAGUACUUAUAUCAAAAUUUGUGUAUGACAUGCCGCUUUACGAUCA